AAUGGUAAAAUGCCUGUGUGUGAGGAGACGCGCAGACGGAUUCUUUUUAGGAUGUGCGCUUUAGCCCACAGCAAAUGGUUCUUCACCGGAUGCUAGGGGAGCUACACAGCUAAAGCAAGCAGACAGCAUUCAGCCUAACUGGAUCAUGGCUUUAAGGUGGGAGAGAAGAUGUAGGUGAGGAUUCGCAGGGGGGAAGAGAAGCCUGACACCUCCCAUCCUCAGGUUCUUCCUGUGGGGGCGGGCCGGCCCGAGCCGGGAUCAGUGCCUCACCAUGUCCAAGAGGGGGUCCGGCGGCCGAGCCAAGGGGGAGCGGCCCGAUGCUCUAGCCGCCCUGCAGGCGGCGAAUGAGGAGCUGAGGGCCAAACUCACAGACAUCCAAAUCGAAUUGCAGCAAGAGAAGACUAAGGUCAGCAAGUUAGAGCGGGAGAAGUCCCAGGAGGUGAGGCAGGAGCAGCACAAGUCGACGGUGGUGGUGACGGAGCUGAAGGCCAAGCUGCACGAGGAGAAGGUGAAGGCCCUGCACUGCGUGCGUGAGACGCUGCUGCGGCAGCACGAGUCCGAGCUGCUGCGGGUCAUCAAGAUCAAGGACAACGAGAUCCAGCGGCUGCAGGCGCUGGUCAACGCCCUCCGCGACGGCUCCACCGACAAGGUCAAGACGGCGCUCUUCGCCGAGGCCAAGGAGGAGGCCAAGCGCGGGUUCGAGAGCGAGAAGAGCAAGAUGCAGCAGGAGAUCUCCGAGCUGAAGGGCGUCAAGCGGCAGAUGGAGGAGGCGCUGACUCUGGCCGUGCAGGCCGACAAGAUCAAGGCGGCCGAGAUCCGCAGCGUCUACCACCUGCACCAGGAGGAGAUCACCCGAAUCAAGAGGGAGUGCGAGAGGGAGAUCCGCAGACUGAUGGAUGAGAUUAAGGUAAAAGACAGAGCAGUCUGCCUGCUGGAAAAGGAGCUGGGCGUCCAAGCAGGGCACACUCAGAGGCUCCAGCUCCAAAAAGAGGCUCUAGAUGAGCAGCUUGUCCAGUUCAGGGAGGCUGAGCGACAUCUGGCCAGCCCCAAACGAGAGGCCCCUUAUGCAAGUGGUGCAGGAGACGCCUCUGAUCAUUCAGGAAGCCCUGAACAGCAGCUGGACGAAAAGGACGCGCGGCGCUUCCAACUUAAAAUCGCUGAACUGAGCGCCAUCAUCCGCAAACUGGAGGACCGCAACGCGCUUCUUUCCGAGGAACGCAACGAGCUGCUGAAGCGUCUCCGUGAGGCCGAGAGUCAGUACAAACCUCUGCUGGACAAGAACAAGCGUCUGAGCCGUAAAAACGAGGAGCUGGCCCAUGCCUUCAGACGCAUGGAGAACAAGCUGAGAUUCGUCACCCAGGAGAACAUCGAAAUGAGAGAGAAGGCGGGAAGCAUUCGCCGGCCCAGCUCCCUGAACGACCUGGACCAAACUCAAGAGGAGAGAGAGAUCGAGUUCCUCAGGCUGCAGGUGCUCGAACAGCAGAACAUCAUUGACGAUCUGUCAAAGGCGCUUGAGACAGCUGGAUAUGUGAAGAGUGUAAUAGAGCGGGACAUGUUGCUGAGGUACCGGCGGCAGAGAAAGAGAGUCAUCAAGCCCUGUAAGCCGGUUGUGGAGACGUUCUUCGGGUAUGACGAAGAGGCGUCUUUGGAUUCAGACGGGUCCUCCAUAUCCUACCACACGGACAGAACACCCUGCACGCCGGACGACGACCUAGAAGAUGGCCUGAUCAAAGAGGAGACGGAGCUGAGGUUUCGUCAGCUGACCAUGGAAUACCAGGCUCUCCAGCGCGCCUACGCACUCCUACAGGAACAAGUCGGGGGGACGUUUGAUGCAGAGAGAGAAGUAAAGACAAGAGAACAACUACAGGCAGAACUCAUCCGGUACCAAACAAGAAUAGAAGACCUCGAGUGCGCUUUGACCCAGCAAGGCCUGGACGUGAAGUGGAUCGAGGAGAAGCAGGCCUUGUAUCGCCGAAACCAGGAACUUGUGGAAAAGAUCAAACAGAUGGAGAUGGAAGAAUCCCGCCUGAAACAUGACAUUCAGGACGUCAAAGACCAAAACGAGCUUUUAGAAUUCCGUAUACUAGAACUAGAAGAGCGGGAAAGGAGGUCCCCAGCCGUCAACUUCCACAACAUCCAAUUCACGGAGGGCAUGAGCCCCCUGCAGGUAUACUGUGAGGCAGAGGGCGUCACGGACAUCAUCAUCACCGAGCUCAUGAAAAAACUGGAUAUUCUGGGGGAUAACGCCGUAAGUAAUCUCACCAACGAGGAGCAGGUGGUUGUCAUUCACGCGCGGACCGUUUUAACUUUAGCAGAAAAGUGGCUGGAGCAAAUAGAGGUCACCAAAUCAGCUUUACAGCAGAAAAUGCUGGACAUUGAGAACGAGAAGGACCUGUUCAGUAAACAGAAGGGGUAUUUGGAUGAAGAGCUGGACUAUAGGAAACAGUCAAUGGAUCAAGCACAUAAGAGGAUCCUGGAGCUGGAGGCCAUGCUGUUCGACGCGCUGCGGCAGGAGGCCGGGGCCAAGAUGUCGGAGCUGCUGUCCGAGGAGGAGCGGGAGACGCUGCGGCGGGCCGUGGAGCAGUGGAAGCGGCAGGUGAUGAGCGAGCUGCGAGAGAGGGACGCCCAGAUCCUGCGGGAGAGGAUGGAGCUGGUCCAUCAUGCACAGCAGAGAAUUAAAGAGCUUGAAGAAUGGAUUGAAGCACAGAAACGACAGAUAAAAGAAUUAGAGGAAAAGUUUUUAUUUUUAUUUUUGUUUUUUUCUUUAGCGUUUAUUCUCUGGUCAUAGUUCUCCAGGCAAGCCAGAGCAGGUCUGCAGGCAAUUUUCUACAUUUUCUAAAAGAGGAGAGGAGUCGGCCAAGACCUUUCCCAGCGUGCAGACCAUGCUCGUGAAGAUCUGUUUUUCGCGUGUUCGUGCGCAUGGAUAAGCUGGGAGACAACAUGACGCCAGCUUCAAAGGAUUUGCCAAGACCGUGGAUUAAAAAAAUAAUAAUAAUUGUUCUGCCGAAGACUGAAACCGUUUCGUGAAAUAAGCUUAAAACCUUGAAAGGGUUACUCCUCACCUGGGAGCUUUUGAAUUGGGAAGUACUGAAUUCCUUGUGCACGGAAGUUUAAGGACUCUUAAAUUGACGAUUUUUCUUUUUUCUUCCCUGCUAAGCAGGUGAUGCUUCCAGCCGCUUCCCUGUGGAAGCAUGACUAAAGAGAGAGAUGCACUGUAUUGGACUGUGGCGUACGCACGCCAAAUCCGCAGACCCCUCACUCAGUGGAAGAUGCCAGGGUCCUCAGUCUUAGUGUUCAAAACAAAAUAUAAGCCAAACAAUGGAAGUAUAUUUUCCUUUUUAUUUAUUUAUUUUUUUUAUUUUUUUAACAAACUGGAUGAGAUUUUGAUAUAUUUCCCAGAAGAAGAAGGCAACGCGAAGGGCCAGUUUCUUUUUUUUGUUGUUAUUUGUGUUUUUUUUUUGAAUGGAUGGAAUCUCAAGCAAAGCUUUUAAAGACAUUUCUAUUUGACCGCGUAUAUUUACCUCAAUCACUUGGUGCUUGCGAGACUUUGACAAACGAUCUAUGGACAGGAACCUUGAAUAGGCAUCACAGUGACAGAAAAGUCUCUUUUGCGAGUAGAGCUAAAAUAGUGCUUCUACUUGCAGUGUCACUCUAAAAGUGGGAUAUCUAUCUCUGAACCGAAAUAGGAUGUUCGAAUAUACAGUAAAAGUGCACAGAAGAACUGAGGAUAUAGACAAGAGAUUAUAAGGCAUGUUUGAAUGCUUGAAUGAAUGAGAUGUCAUUUCCUGGUGUUGAAACCAAAUAAAACAAGACCCAAUCUCAACAAAUGAAGUAAACAGUGAGCUCUUAGAAUCCAGUAAUAGUGAUCAUAUUGGCUGCAGAUCGAAGCAAUUCACAGGAUUACUGUGGGAGCCCCUGAGCCUUGUGGCCAACGUCCUUUAGAAGAAAUCUCCUCUUCCAGGGGGAAGAAUCUCGGAGGCAGAAACGCUUCCUAACCAGCUGUGCGACACUGCCAGGCUCCCCUGACCAAUUCUGAACAGCUAUCAACCAGGUUCUGCAUCAGUUUUCCAUUGGAAUUAACCAUUUGUGCUUCCAUGCACUGUCUUUAGGUUUGUUCAUAGGCUACCGUAUGCAUUACUGGACAUACCAUCUUAGAAAACAAGUUCUGUGAAUACAGUAUGUGAUACAAGUAAAUCCAAACUGUUGGUUAAGUUUCAGCCGCAGAUGUGUCUCAAUCUACUCAAAUAUCCAGACGCUGUCCAAACAGAGUCCUUCAUGAAAUCUGCUGUCCAGUGAACUGUCAGUACCUGAUAUAUACCACAUCCACACCCUGCAGCGAAACAGUUGAAAUGUUGUUCAUUUUUUUUCUCAUGUUGCAUUCAAUUUGUUUUGCUGUGUGAGUUCAAAUGCAUGGAGCAAGCAGCCCCAGGCUUCCAAUCUGCCAUGUGUGGUUAUUGUGUCUCUGUUCUGGCAUUGUUUUAUCAACGCUACAGACUGGAUCACUGUCAUAUAUUCACUUCACACAUUUACAGUAACCUACAAAAAGCUAAAAUGGCGACAGAGUGGUUUAACUCUACUAUGCAGGCACCUCUGUAAAUGCCUUAAUUUAGAUUAUAUUUUAUGAGGACCCUUUGGCAUUUGGCCUUCUGGGAAACAGUUGGAGAAAACUAAUGAAUGGUGUACCAUGUUUUUUGCACGAUUAGCUAACUUUGGCUGGGCACAGAUGCAUUGCUCUGUAUUAUUUGAUGCGAAAGCAAGUCAAUUAAAGGUAAAACAUGCCAUUUAACACUCAGGCCAGUCUUCUCUGUCUAUACGUGUGGGGAAGGGGCAUGUAAAUGAAAUAUGAAAAAUGAAAUAUGUGAACUAUGGAAGGUACCAAAAUUUGCCAUAAAUGGGUAGUUGGCCUGCAUGCUGUGUAAUGUCCUCUCUGCUUUGUUUUGUUUUUGAUUUUUUUUUUGUU